UUCUAAGAACAAAUUCUUACAAUUCAAUUAUCACGUGCAUAAUUAUUAAAAGAACAUGAAAAUGCCUAUCUUCUUCCUCAAAUCCCAUAUAAAAUGUUUUAUAAUUGUAGCACUGAGAAUCAUAAUCCAUUUCUGAAAAUAUGACUUACCUGUCAAAUUUGAAAAUAUCAAGAUCAUCUGCUGAAAUUGCUAUAUUUCAAUGCUGUUUUCACCCUUUUGGGCGGAGAAAAAUAACAAAUCUCACGAUUUUUGCCUCCUCUAGCUCUUCUAAUUCUGCUUCUUCUUCAACUAGUGAUAAUGGGACAGAAAAGACUUUGAAGAAUGAGAAACAACUUCAAGGAACUAACUCAGUGGCUCAAAAUGAAAAGAAGAUUACAUCUUGGGGAGAUGCUGAUUCUGUGGCCAGUCGAAGCCCGGCAUGUCGUGUUUCAAAUAUGGUAGAGAAAUCAUGUGGUGGAAACAGAAAAUGGCCUUUCUGGAGGAAACUGAUAUUUGGAUCCAAGAAAUUCAGGAGUAUAAUCUUGCUUAACGCUGUCGCUUUAGUUUCUGCAAGUGAUAUUACAGUCAUAAAAGAGGUUGAAGCUUUCACGAAUCCAGCUUACUUCUGUGCUGUUCGAUUUGCUGUGUCGACCAUUCCAUUCUUACCUUUCAUCUUCAAGGCACGGAAUGAUGUUCAAAUCCGCAAUUCAGGAUUUGAAUUGGGGUUAUGGGUCAGUUUAGGCUAUAUGUGUGAGGCACUUGGACUGCUUACUUCUGAUGCAGGGCAUGCUUCAUUUAUUUCUCUGUUUACAGUUAUUGUAAUCCCACUGCUUGAAAGCAUGUUUGGAGCAAUAGUACCUGCUCGAACUUGGUUCGGAAUCUUCAUGUCUGUCGUUGGGAUUGCUAUGUUCGAAUGCAGUGGAUCUCCUCCGAAUAUUGGUGAUCUUUUCAACUUUUUAAGUGCCAUAUUCUUCGGCAUUCACACGCUGCGAACAGAACAUAUAUCAAGGACUACGAGAAAGGAGAACCUGUUCGGUCUUCUGGGAUAUGAGGUUGGUGUUGUUGCGGUUAUGUCCACGAUAUGGUGGCUAACUGGUGAUUGCAUUCAAGACAGUGAUGGUGCAUCUUGGACAUGGGCUAUGUUUUGGGAUGGGAUACUUGCGUUUCCAUGGAUACCAGCACUAUAUACCGGUGUGUUCUCAACAGGGUUGUGCUUGUGGGGAGAGAUUUCUGCCAUGCGUGAUGUCUCAGCAACAGAAACGGCCGUGAUCUAUGGGUUGGAACCACUCUGGGGUGCGAGUUUUGCAUGGUUUCUCCUCGGUGAAAGGUGGGGUGCUGCUGGAUGGAUGGGGGCUGCCCUCAUCCUAGGAGGAAGUUUAACAGUGCAGAUUUUUGGAGCUUCUGCUGGUAAAUCAAGAGAGGCUAGCAAGAGAGAUAACAGCAAUCCAUUGAUGGUAUCAGAUCACAAAAAGAUACCAAACUCGCUCUCGACUUCUCCAGUGGUAAUCAGAUCCCAGGAUAAUGUGAUAAAAUAGAUUGGAGAAGUAACAAGCCUCUUUAACUUUGUAAAAUAUAUAGCCUAGUUAAACGAAGCUCAUAUAGUUUAUAUAUACAUGUAUCUUUUGCCCUUCAUUGUCACCCGAAAUAACCGAUGGAAAUUUUGAAGUUCUAGUACAUAGUAUAUGACAGUGUAUAGAUAGAAAUUUUCCACUGUAAUGCCCUGUUAUGUAAUUGAAAAUAAAGGGGUUGUUUCAUAUGUAACUGCAGUGGAAAGUGAUGUCAGUGAUUAAAAGAAACAAAGUUGGAUCAGCAA